GAAAAGCUUAGGGAACUCGGACAACUCUUGACUUCGGAGUCUGGUGGACACAUGAGACAAGCUGGUGCACUGGGAAUUAGUCUGGAUGCCACGUCUGUGCUCGCACUUCUCACCAUGGGCGCAUAUCUCAUCCGAAUGGUCCUCACAAUCCUCCACGUCAGCCAACGAUCCCUGUCGGCGUUCAGCCCUGUCGAAAUCGAAUCCGUGCUUCCGGUCAUCUCGAAACACGUGCCGACGAGUCUCGUCGACUGGCUCCUACUUCCCGUGUCCAGUGACGUGAGUGUUAACGAGAAGGAAGGCAGAUCCUUUCCCGAUGUGUACAAGAAUGCCACCAGACGGACCGGUUUCUGGUGGGGCCAAUUGAGCAAAUUGCCCGGGGAACUGCAGACCACUUGGGAUUUGAGCAAACACCAGAAGCCGGAAUGUUUGCGCAGGUUCAUUUGCCAGCGACUGGCCAAGGUCCCGCCGCAUAAGCGUCAGCUGGGCGAUGACUUGGUGGUUUGGACCAUGAGCGGGAUUGCUUAUUAUAAUGGCAAACCUGUGAACAUUUUCGUCGAUGAAAUCGACAACAAAUUGGCAGCGAACCAAGAGGUGAAUUGCGAAGCCUUCAGCGAGGAUUGCUCGGAAAGAGAAUAUCGAGAAGGACUUCAGCGAGAUCCAUGUUGGAACUUGAGAAGAAAGAUAAAUUCUGACUUGUGA